CACAGUUAAGCAGUCAAUCUCCGAAUUGCCAGGUGCCUUCCAUGCCAUGUCGACUCCAGCCGUACAUCUGGAUUUCCGAUGAUGCCCUCACUACCGCCUACCGUCGCUUUGCGAACGCUUGUCCGGCCAACCACAGCCAAACCCAUACCAGACGCCAUGGCAGCAGCGUCCCAGGCCCAUUGGAGGCUCGUCGCCGCCUUGCGAGAAGACGCAUGGCUGGUCUUACCAUGGCCAGUCCCUCCCCGGGCCUCAUGCCUGACUUUGGCGCACUCUUCGGUUCUGGAGGUACUGACAUGACCUCGUUAUGGUCUCCACCCAACACCGACAAGUCGCGUGCUCCGAUUCCACCACCAUACCAUACUCCUCCUCCCGCUCCUCCAUCUCCUCCAUCUCCUCAUGUUCCACGGACGCGCUCUAAAGCUCAGAAUCGAUAUUCUCCUCAAUCUCAUACCCCUCCGCAACCCAAAGUGCAUAACCGAGAACGCUCUCUCGAGGAGUAUAGAACCAUACUUGGUUCAUGCGACAAUCUGGACUCGCUCCGUCGAGUGCAUGCUCGCUUACAUUCAAACUCGAGCUUCUCGAUCGACUUCAGCAAAGCUGCCCUUCUCUCUUUGCUACAACAUGCUUCUCCCGAUCAGGUCUUAGACUUCUUGCAGAGCGAUCUAGACCAUGAGGAUGCUUGUAACAUGCAUGUGUGUAUCAAGUCUUAUUUCAUCCGAAAGAGUCGCCCCGAAGUUCUCAGAGGCUGCUUUAGUCUUUUGUGCGACAAGAUUGCCUUGGGCACCGUGCAAUCGAAAGAAUUGCUCAACAUUCUCGUUGACAUGCCCACCGAAGCCGAAGGAGCUGAUGGCCAAUUGCUUUUAGACGCCUUCGACAUGUUGCACCGAACUUUGGUCGACACUUACUCUCCAAAUGGACCUCCAACCACUCUCACUUCGAAGUUGCUCAAGAACAUACUUUCUCUACGCCCAUCGGCAGAUGUCCUUAAACUCGUUUCUGCACUUCUUCCUCUCGCUGGACAUGAGAGCAUCCAAGUCAUGGCAAGAUACCUUGAAAAGGCCAUCAUAUCCCGAACCAUGCAGCUUAGCUCUUCAGACCAACUUUCACUCAUCUUGUGCGCCAUUCCCUCUCAACAUUUUGACCGCAUCAUAUUCUUUGCAACCAAACAUUUAAUUAUCACACUUGAUACCCCGGAGCCAGGCGCUCAUGAUGGUUGUGCAAAGAGACUUCUUCGCUGGCUCGAGGAUCUUUCUCGGUUCGAUAUUUCAAUCUUCGAGCCUUCUUCGACAUGUGCUUCCCUCCUCUAUCCUUUUCUUGCUUCGAGGUUUACAGUCAACGAGCUUGGAGCCCAUUUCCGGUACCUUCAUCCCGCGGAUACUGCCACCAUCGUCUUGCACAACUGGAUAAAGCCUUCGAUACUUGAAGUGCCAGAACCGGAUAUGCAGGAGGACAUGGGUGACGAAGUGGAGAUAGUUCGCUUCCGGCCACAUCAACAGCCGCCACGUGUCCACAGUCGACAUAGUCGCAAACUUCAAGAUGUCUUUUCGACUUAUGGACUGGACUACACCAUAUCUCGAUCUCCUGAGCAGUCGAUGACCCACAAGGCAGCUCUUGCAGAACGUCAGGAAGUGUUCGAUAGAGUUGCAUCGACACUUGACGAGCGCUGCAGGCAAGGCCCUGAUGGUGCAUAUCCGACUCGUGGUGGAGCUUGGGUCCAUCUGUUUGUACUGUUGAGCCAAAACAAGAUUGAAUAUGCUGGCUGGCUUCAUGAGUUGUUUCAAGUGCUGAAAGCUCACAAGUCACCUACAUGGACAUAUUUCUUUUUCGCAAACCUUACUAAACACAAUAUCAACAUCCCCUAUCCCGUGGCCGUGGAUCUCAUGCGGUUCUUCAUCGAUAUAAGAAAGCCACAAUGGGCGCUGGACGUCUUUAAUCGACCACGAGCACGUCAAUGGAUUUCUGACAUACCAGAGUUGCUGCUCACUCUCAUUGACACCUAUCCGGUCAAAUCGGAGUUCGUAUUUGAUCUACUUAACCGAUCAGAAUACUCUAACUCUCUGCCGAAGAACUUGCGCUGGACAGUAGAGAAUCCUCUUUCGGAGGAGAUGGUACAAUUGGUCCAUCAAGCUGCCUACGCAAUGGCCAAAUCGCCCUUGCUGAGCUCCAGAAUGGCUCUCAGGAGGGUGGAAGACUGUCGAAAUUACCUAGAGGACCGAAAUGCUCCAUUGUCAAGUUUGAUGUCUAGAGCUCUCGUUUACGCCGGUGUAACACGUCCUCUUAGAGAAGGUGUCUGGCUCAGUACAGAGAAAUUCAAGAACAUCCUGUCUGUGGUUCGCAACCUGGAGGGCGACGAAGUAGCAGACAGGUUAGAUGAAGCCGCCUUCACCCUCAGGCACGAGAAUUUUGAGUCGAACGGAACAUCGAUGAAGCCGUUUGAUGAAUUGGAACAAAUGGCGGACCAAGAUGUGUGGAGAUAUCGGAAGCAAUUUGGCCACAAGUCUCAUCGGUGGAAGAAGGUGGCAGUUCCUCAUAGACCUGCCGCUCCAAAGAAGAGCCGAGUCCGUGGGAGGAAGUAAUUUCACAUCACCGACGAUCGUGUAGCACUGUAGAUACCCCUAGAGAUAGAUCUAGAAACGAGAGCAGAUCUCAUGUAAAUAAUGUACGAU